GCCCUCUAUUGACCUAAUAUAGUUAACUCAUAUAAUAAUAGACAACCAGUGGGUUCCGUUACGAUGCGUCAUUUUCAUUUCUCGUUGUGUGAACACAGCGUUUGUAGACUCGAGUAAAAUUAGAACGUUCGUAAUCAAUAAGUUGGUAUCAGAGUCGUCGCAGAUGGCGACACUGAAUAGUUGCGCACAAAGUGUGAACAAUUCAACAACAUUUAAUGUAUUUAAAAAUAAAUAACAACAUAAAAACACUAAUUUUACAAUUUUAUGAAAAUAUUUAUUCUAUUCUAGUAAAUAACACUAAUAUACAUUUUUUAUUAUGCAUACAAACAAAUUAGUAGUGAUUAUGACUUAACAACAGCAUUUCGACCGAAGCGUCAACAAGCGUCAAGUUUGGGAUUGAGGCCGCUGCUGUACACCGCCAUCUUACGUAUGUCCACCGUGUCAACUUGUGUUGGAUUUGGUGCAGUAAUUUUGUUUGAUUGUGACGAGAGCAAGUUAUCGAAAUACAAACUAUUCUGUUUAGCCGAUAUCGAUAAUGCCCAGCUAAAAGUGCACCGAUUAGUGCUCAGUGCGUGCACUGAGUACUUCGAACUCUUGGAACGAACAUGUGAGAUGUACGAGGACUGCUUGGUGAUGCCGGACGACCUGCAGGCGGAUGUGAUCGUCCCCAUUGUUAACUUCAUGUACACUGAAGCCUCCUUUACUCCACAAAAAUCUGUUGUGGAAGAUCCUCGACCUACUAGGUAUGAAAUACCUGAAGAACUUGAAUCAGAAAAUAUGUUUGACAAUUCAUUUAGCAAUAUAUCAUAUACCUCUCAACCUUUGGUUGUUCAUCCUGAUACAGUGAAGAGAUAUAAAGCUGCUAAACGCAAUACUUUGUUUGGUGAACCAUCAAGCUCAAAGAAAGUAUCUGAAAAUGAAAGAGAUUCUAACCAACUUUUUGAUCAAAUGCUAGACAAUAAUGGUGGACCCAAAGUAACAAUAGAAACUAAGGAUAGCAAAGCUGCCUCCAAUUUGGACCAUGCAAGAAUAAUUAGUGAGGUUUUAAAGAAAUAUCCUCAUCUUGUCAAAAGCAAUAAAAAUAUUAAGUUGAAGAUUCUGGAUCCUGUACCCGGUAAAGGAAAGAAACAAGCAAAGUCAGCUGCAGCUCCUAGCUUUACAGAACCCAAGUCAAGUGUGAAGACAGAUGAAGAAGACUUUACUUAUGAAACUGAUGUAAUAGAUUCCAAACAGGCUGCAAAACUUAUUGCAAUGGGAGCAGAGAAUGUUAAAGGACCUUGGAUAUGUUUAAUCUGUGGUACCCCAGGAAAAGCUCUACAUUUCAACUCAUAUUAUAAAUUCCGUCGCCAUUUAGUAGAUGUGCACCAUGAGAAACCUGUGGCUAACAUUUGUGAAUACUGCGGACUUAGAUCUUUGAAGAGGAAUUACUUGCUUCACCAUCUUUAUGCUCAACAUGGUGUCCAACCUCCACCACAGUAUCACUUCCCUAAGUGUAAUAUGUGUUCUUAUAUUGCUCUUACUGAGGGUCUACUUGUCAAACACAAGCUAACCCAUAAGGAUAUUAGAAAUUUCCGCUGUAAUGUUUGUUCUGUUGCAUUCGCAUCCUCUAGUCAACUAUUAAUACACAUACAAAACACGGGUCACAAAUACAGCUCUGAGAGGAAAAAUAAUUUACAGUGUAUUUACUGUUUGAAAAUAUUCUUGCGGGAGUCAAACCUUUAUGCACAUCUUAAAACACAUCACAAAAAAGAAGCAAAGACUGACUGCAUAAUUGACUCUUCUGAUGAUGAAAAAAUUGAUGAUGAGAGGCCAAGAUCAAUUAAUAUUAAAUAUGAACCUAGUACAAGCUACGAAAAUGAUUUUGAAGAGGUGGAUAUACAAUAUCCUAGUCACCAAAUAUCAACAAGUGACAAACACUCUACACCUAGAAGACAACCUGUCACUAAUGCAAGACAAAAGAUUUUAAAUCCUGGCUUUAGUACACCAAAAUCUAACCAAAAACCUAAGCCUGGUAAAAUCAGCAGUAACUUUCAAUCUCAAAAUGAUUUCUUCCAAGAUGUAAAAAUACCUAUUGAAUCUACUAAUGAAGAGAUUGUAGUAAUAGAUAAUAAUGAAUAUAUCAUGAAAGACAAUCAACUUAUUCCAAGAAAAAAGACCCUCAACCAGGACUUUAUCCUAGAAGACAUAGUUGAACCAGAUUCUGUGCAACCUACCACAUCUGUAGAAUAUGCUAAUAUGGAAAAUGCCAAUAUUGAAGAGAAUGUUCAACCACAGUCCAGUAUGAUCUUAAAGAAAUCUGUAAAUUUAAAUCAACCAAUACAAAUUGUGGUAUCAAAUGAUGAAGAGUAUAAAGCGUUAAUGAAUUCAAACCACCCUAUUCUAUUUGACAAUGGUGACACUACAAAGACACUUGCUGUAUUAACUACACAACAUAAUACAGGAAUAGAGACAGGUAAAAUAGAUUUGGAUAAUACUACAUCUAGUGAAAUGAUGAUACUUCCUAGUGAAUAUCCACUGAAUGUCUCUGAAGCUGUGUCUACAGAUAACCCUAAUAUUGUGGUUGUAUACAGUCAUGACGACCAGAGUAAGCAAUUCCAGAUACUUACCACAGGUGAUAUAGGAGCACAGUUUGUGCAAUCUUCUGGAAUGAUAACACAGACCUUUGAAACUGUAACUACUGCCACACCUGCAAUUAAUCAGGUUGAACAAAACUGGCAAAACAAUAUAGAGAGUUUGGAAAGUCAACAAAUGCAAAUGACUCACCAACAGCAUACUGAACAUAAUGCAACUACUGAUAAUUUAGAUCACAUUGCAGAAGUGCAUAUGAUAUCUGAACCACAAAAAGAAAUCACUUCAGGUGGGUGUGAAAUUGCUUUGAAUCCUACAGAUGCAAUUAUUGAACAAAUGAAUAAUCCUACCGAAGAUAAUAUUAACAAUGAACCAAGCAAUAUCUCGACAACUGCUAGUGAGACUAAUGACACCCACACUGACCAAAAUAAUAUUGUAGAACCAAUGCAAAUACAGAAUGUGUUGGAACAACCACUAGAAAAUACAAUGAAAGUACCACCAGUAUCAGAAACUAUUAUUGAACAGCCAAUGGACACAGAAGGUAUGAUUGAACAGCCAAUUGGUAUAGAAAGUAUGCAGGAACAACCAAUGGAAACAGAAAAUAUUGAACAACCAGUACAAAAUGAAAAUAUAACAGAACAAGCGAUUGAGACAGAGUAUGUUAUUGAACAACCACUUGAAGCAGAUAUUGUUAUGGAACAACAACUAACAAAUGAAUUAGAAAUAUCAAUAAACACUGGAGGUCAAAGUGAACCAAAACAAGUAAUGGACACUAAAAAUGAAAUACAAGAACCAGUAAUGAGUGCAAAUAUUGCGGAACAAACAAUGGAAUCUGGAAAUAUGAUAGAACAACCAGCUGAAGAUGCAACUGUUCUAGAGCACAGAGUACCUUCAAAUAUACUAGAACAAGCUAUUGAAAAUGAGAAUAUUAUGGAGCAAACUCAAGAAUUACAAAACAUACUUGAACAGCCAGUAGAAAGAGAGAAUAUUCUAAAACAAUCUUCUUCCAUUGAAAACAGCACUACCCAAACAACUCCACAAGUGAACACAGAUCCUAAAAAUACAUCUGAAUAUCCAGAAGUUGUUAAAACUGAUGAGAGUAUUGUGAAUGCUGAAAGUCUAAACCAACAGCCUCAAGAGCUAAUGGAAUCACAAGCAUAUGACGAUAUUGUCGAAAUUAACAAUCCUUCUGAAGAACAAACUGUAAAUCCUAAAGAAACUGGAUCGAAGAUCCACAACUUGGCACUAGAAUGGUCAGAGGAUGAAUAUGACAUCAGAGAAAAUCAGGAUCAUAACAAUACAACCACUAAAACUAAUGCUGAAACACAGAAAAUUCCAUUCAUUGAUGAUGCACCAGAAUUGGAAGAAUCAAUAGAAAACAUUCAACAAGAAAUGCAAAAACAAAUGGCUAGUCAACUAAAUCAAAUUGAGACACCAGAUGUGGAAACUGAAGAAAGUACAGUUUCUUCGCAAGAAGAGGACUCUUCAAGCCAGGAGAUGCAGCUACCGCCGUUAAUAGAUUCGCCAGUACAUGGGCCUAUACCCAAUCCUCAGGUACAACAAAAGUUGUCAUCCUUGCUAAAUGAUUGGGAGGACAAUGAUUCCCAAGAGGAUAUCAUUCCAGAUAACUCCACACAUGAAAAUAUUUUGCCAAAAGCAGACACUAAUAAGCCUCGAGACAUCCCAAAAAAUGAUAAUAUCAGAAGCUUGGUUAGUGACUGGGAUGACGACGAUGAUAAAGAGUAA